UAUCUUCCACUCUUGAUACAAGUGGAGAAAGUCCUUCUGUCAGACAGAAAGAGUGUGAUCCUAGUUAGUUCAGCAGUUUGUAUUUUUUUUAAAAAAAAAUCUUCCAAGCAGAUGGUACGUGAACAGUAUACUGCAACAACACCAGGUACAAACCUACAGAGGCCAGAAACUCAGUAUGUCUACAAUGUUGGCAUUUAUGGCUGGAGAAAACGUUGCCUUUAUCUAUUUGUCCUCCUCCUCAUCGUCAUCCUAGUUGUGAAUCUUGCUUUGACAAUUUGGAUCCUUAAAGUGAUGUGGUUUUCUUCAAUUGGAAUGGGAUACUUACAUGUUCACAGUGAAGGAGUCCGUCUAGAAGGGGAGUCAGAAUUUUUAUGUCCUUUAUAUGUCAAAGAAGUUCACUCUAGAAAGGAUGAAUCACUGCAUUUGCAGUCUACUCAUAAUGUGAUUUUAAAUGCACGUAAUACUGAUGGGAAUGUCACAGGCAGAUUGCGUGUGGGUCCUGACUUGAUACAUUUUGAUGGUCAGCACUUUCAGAUCAACUCAGUGAACCUGGACAGAAAACCUCUUUUUACAGUGAACGAAGAUGAAGUUACAGUGGGUACAGAUAAACUUCGAAUCACAGGGCCAGAAGGAGCUCUUUGUGAACGCUCUAUAGAAACACCACUUAUUAAAGGUGUUAAGGGUCUGACCAAUGCUAAAGAGCUUAGACAUGAUGGCAAACCAAGUCUUAAUCAUAAAAAUAUGCUUAUGCUUGAUGCAGAGACUUUGCGGCUUCCUAAAUUGCCUCAGGGAACAAAUGGAGAAUCUGACACAGAUCAAGAACUCUAUGAAGUUUGUGUUUGCCUAGAUGGACGGCUGUACUUAGCCCUGGCUGAUGAGGUUUCUAAUUGCCUACCAUACAGUCAUAUUUGCCAAUAAAAGGACUCCAAACAAUUCA